GUAAAGGGUUUGCUCCGCAAACGAAACGUCGUUAGUUUAGGUCGAAUGACUUUAAGCCGAUGCAUUAAUUUACUACUAUGGUAGCUGAAUCUCUAAUUGGGACCUAGGGUUCGAAUUUGCGUGAUUAUCCACCUCUGCGAAAACGCCCUUCCACUGCUGCUGGUUUUAGUUUCGAUCUGCGCCGUUGUGUUCGAGAUCUAGCGGAAGCCAUGUACGGUCAUAGAAGGUCAUUGUUUGGGAGCGGGGGGGUUUCAGACGGGUACGAGAUCGGCUCAAAGAGACCAAGAUUGAUGGAACCAAAUCCCUACUUCGCAGUGAGCAGCAGUUCGAGUGGCUAUCAACAGUACGGCUAUGGCAGGAGAUAUCAGCCAUCUACCUUUCCCGUGGUUCGUCUAAGGGGUCUCCCCUUCAACUGCACGGACAUAGACAUUUUCAAAUUUUUUGCUGGACUGGACAUUGUGGACGUCUUCUUGGUGAACAAGGAUGGGAGGUUCUCUGGAGAAGCAUUUAUAGUCUUUGCCGGUCAUAUGCAGGCUGAACUUGCUCUGCAGAGGGAUCGCCAGACCAUGGGAAGAAGAUAUGUCGAGGUAUUUAGGUGCAAGAAGCAGGAGUACUAUAAUGCUAUAGCUGCUGAGGUGAGUGAAGGAGGCGUUGACAAUAAUCAUCGUGGAUCAUCUCCUGUAGCUCGUCGUAAAAGGUCCCCGGAUAAAGAUAAGUUGGAGUAUACAGAAAUCUUGAAGCUGCGCGGCCUCCCAUACUCGGUAAAGAAAUCAGACAUCUUAAAGUUCUUUGGAGAUUUCGAGGUUGUGGAGGACAAGAUCCAGAUUGCGUGCAAGCCUGAUGGGAAAGUUACCGGAGAGGCAUUUGUCGAGUUUGUUUCGGUUGAGGAGGCAAGAAAAGCUAUGUGCAAGGACAAGAUGCUAAUCGGAUCGAGGUAUGUUGAACUGUUUCCUUCGGCACGGGAUGAAGCCAGACAAGCUGCAUCGAGAUCACGGCAGUAGGUGAGAGCUACUGAUCAUUUUCCUUUUUUCUAUGUAAUCAUGUGAAGUUUUUGGAAACAAAUCUGUAUGUGGCGCUUGUGGUAGGAGGAGGAUUGAAAAUUUUACAAUUCAUAGUGGAGCUAGGUUCUUGUGAGAUGCCUCUGGUUUUCUUUAGUGAGAUGUUAUAUUGGCUAACUGACACCGGCCAUAUCCGAUUCUUGUAUGGGAAACAACAAUGUGAACCACUUUGCUUUCUCUCUCUCUCUCGCUUUUAAAUACAUGAAAAUUCUUCAACGUA